UGUGUGUGUGAACAGCAGUAGUAGUUAGUAGGAGGAAGUUAUACAUGCGCAGCUCUGGCUGUGUUUUUCCUGCUGCAGCGCUCCAUUUGCUCACACGCACCGGAUGAACUUGACAGUUUGAACGGGAAACGAUUUCACGCAGUUAAAUCGGUGAAAUCCCCCCGCGGAAGAACUCCACCGCUCCUGUAAGCACCGCACACACUCCGCUGUACUCGCCGAUACCGCCACUCUCCGCGCGCGAGGGAAUCAAGAGAGCGCGAGCGGCAGGUCGGCGGUGCGGUGUAUCUGAAGAACAGCGCGGGGUUCAGCGGUGCGGGACUGUUCCGUUAACUGCAGCUCAGACAUGUCGGAACCGGGAGGCAAGCGGCUGAAAAGCAGCGUCCCCGUCUGUAGAGCUCACCGCGGUUCUGCCGCGAGCAGAGCCCGGCACAACCUGCCGCCUGCGGUGGAGGAAGCGCUGUGUGGAGUCUCCAGCUUGCUCAUGGAGUUAUCUUACCGUCUCCACGCGCUGGCCAAGAUUUUUGAGCAAGAUGACCUGGCUUUGCCACGUGUGGCUGCAUAUUUCUAUCUGGAGUCCACAAGAGAGCAGGAGCAGGCGGAAGCCAUGCUACACUACCUGUCCGAGCGUGGAGGACAAUACUGCAGCAAAGAUAUCCAGAGACCAGGGACAGAGCAGGUGUGUGCGCUGCUCCCUGCCCUGGAACUCCUGCUGGGCCAGUGGAAGGAGGAGAUGGCCAUCAUGGUGGAGCUGUCUCAGCUAGCACGUGAACAUGGAGACCCCCACUCUGCCAGUGUCCUCAAGAGCCACUUCCUCCAGCCUCUCGCACCAAAGAUCAAGCUGCUAGGUGACCUCUUGACCAAUGCUCGAAGACUGGGCUGCACCAGUGAUGGUGCUGGAGGAUAUGGAGAGUACCUCAUUGACCAGCUCUAUGAGGAGCUGGCCAGUGCCUAAAUGUCCUGUAAAGCCCCUUGUUGAUGCAUUAAUGGCCUGACUAGCAGUUAUUUCCUAUCAAUACUUUCUGCACUGUUAGAUCCCGUGCUCAGCCUGCAUGGAGUGUGUUCUGUUUGUGGCAUGAAAGAGAUGAUUUGUGGGUUUCUUGAAUGGCGUGUUCUUGAAGCUUGGUAUUACCUUUCCCCACAGCUGAAAAGUACUGAGCAAGUGGAAAAUAAUGUGAAUUUCCCAUAUUGUCAAAAGAAGUGCUAAAAACACGGGAGAGAUUAUUAAAAAUGAAUGACUAAGAGAAAUUUUGACAAGUUUGAUAUGUUUUUUAGUGACUAUGAAUGUGUUUUUGUAAAAACAAAAAGCCUGUAGAGUGGAACAA